GCACAAGAGUUGCCGUGGCAACCGUAAGCUAACGUAACGUCCGUUCAUUUAAAAAGACCACUGGCUGUAUAUACUGGCCCUGUUAAGGUAACAGAUGUGUUAUCAGUUGAGAGAAAUGAUCGUUACCUGUAGUUAAACGCAGUUGACUAAAAAGAAGUGAGCGCUUCAUUUUCUAGAGAGAAGAUGGAGUUUGAAAGGACGGCGACUGUACGCUCGACCCCGAGUCGCCAUGAAAAAAGUUUGGGGCUCCUCACGAUGAAGUUUGUCAGUCUUCUACAAGAAGCUAAGGAUGGCGUACUUGACUUAAAAGUGGCUGCAGACAGCUUGGCAGUGAAGCAGAAGAGAAGGAUUUAUGACAUCACUAACGUCCUCGAAGGUGUGGGGCUAAUCGAGAAGAAAAACAAGAACAUAAUCCAGUGGAGGGGGCAGAACAGAGUGAGCCAAAGUCAGGAGAUGUUGGAGCAGAUCAGAGUUUUAAAAGCCCAGAUCUCUGAGCUCGAGUUUCAAGAGAAGGAGCUGGAUGACCAGAAGGCCUGGGUGGAGGAGAACAUCAAACAUCUCAACCAUGAUCCAGACAUCCAUCGCUAUAAAUUUGUGACACAUGAAGACAUCUGCAAUUCUUUUAGUGGAGACACCCUUCUGGCUGUUGUGGCUCCUUCUGGAACCCAGCUGGAGGUGCCCCUUCCUGAGAUGUUAUCAUUUGUACAGGGAGGUCAGAAGAAAUACCAAGUGAACCUGCGGAGCCACUCAGCUCCCAUCCAAGUGAUGCUGAUCAACAGAGAUUCCAGCUCCAGGGUGCCUGUGGUCUUUCCUGUGCCACCAACUGACGACAUAUGUCUGAUGCCAACUCCUCCCAGUACACCAGCCAGCCUGCAGAAGUUCCCCCUCCUAAACUGUGCUGCCACUAUAUCCAACUCCACCACCUGCUGCAGCCAGGACUCUAUCUCCUCAGACCAGCAGAUGGUGCUGCUAGACCUUGAUGAAGAGCUGACUCCAUCAUCCACCCCUGGUGGCCUGCAGAUGGAGAGUCACAGUGAGGAAGCAGCAGUAAUGUUGGAGCAGCAACAAAUAGACCUGGAGGACCCAGAGUUCCAGUCUGUUCUGGAUGUUAGCAGCCUGCUGAGGCUCAGCACAGGCGGGGACAGCAUGAGGGAUGACAGAGAGGGAGCUGUUGACCUUAUUGAUGAGCUAAUGUCUGCUAAUGAUAUGGACUACAGCUUCAAUCUGGAUGAUGGUGCAGGAGUGUGUGACCUGUUUGAUGUGCAGAUCCUCAAUUACUGAUCACAAAUAGUGGCUGUGCUUCCUGCCCUUUGCUCUGUUGCCCUCUUCACAUACACCUCCAAGAAAUUUCCUGUGUUCUGCACACUCAGUACUUUAUAUUACCAUUGUGGCCUUAAUCAGCACAGCUGUGCACUAGAGACACACUACACUGGCCUUUUGCCAAUGAAGCAUUGCACCUGAAUGCAUUCUUCUUCAGAUAUAUAUAUUUUCUUUUUAGGAAACCACGUUAUGCCUUACUGAGACCUUUUUUCUCUGGGUAAAUCCAAAACUCCAGACAGAUGAUUGUCUUAGUAGAAGUAAAGUAAGAUUAAUCCUACAGCUUCAUUUUUGCCUCAUUGUGUUUUUCCACGUCCUGUAGAACACCGCAGGCUUUAACACAGUUGUUACUCUGUUAGACUUUGACAGUGUUUUGGCUUUUGCUGUUUUUAUUUUCUUACUAUAAUUUGUAAUGAUUCAUUUCAGGUUCAGUUUUUUUUAUUUUUUUAUUUCAACCAAGGUUGAAUUCAUGUUGUGAAUUUAAGACGGUUUCUUUUUUCAUGAGAAUCAUAAGUUGUUUCAAAGUUCUGUUUCAGAUACAUUUUGUAUUUAGAGAAAAAAAAUGUUUUUGGCUACUUUUUGUUACUAAGAAAGCCAGAGAGUUUUCUAAAUUAGUGACACUGCCAGUUUUUAUAUAAUCACAGCUGUAUAUUUAAAUACCUGCAUUUUAUACUUAAUUUAAGCAAUAACAGGUUAUUUGUUCUGGCAUUUUGUAAUCGAAACUAAGUUAAAUGUCUUAAUUUAAAUAAAUGGGUUUGCAAUUUUUCUAAACUGAGUAUUCAAAGCCCUGAAUGAUGAUUUCUGUGUAUUUAUGUUUUCUAAUUAAAAGAAGUCAGGUUUUUGUUGCACAUACUGUCAUUUUUGUUUUUAAAUAAAGUGGUUUAUUUCCUGCCUGGA